UCAUCAUGUGCUUCCUGUAGCAACUGCAGCUGAGAAUGUGUGUAAACACCCACUUUAAUUGGAUCAGAAAAACAAUACCAGUAUUUAGUAAACAAUAUUAUAUAUAACCGGUGAAAAUGCUUAUGUUUUGUCCAACUUGUGGGAAUGUUUUAAUCGUGGAGGAAGGACAAAGGUGCUUCAGAUUCGCGUGUAAUACAUGUCCAUAUGUGCACAAUGUCACGAGGAAGGUAAAUAGCAGAAAGUACCCCAAACUGAAGGAGGUUGAUGAUGUUCUCGGGGGCGCUGCUGCUUGGGAAAAUGUGGAUUCUACUCCAGAACCUUGUCCAAAAUGUGAGCACCCACGGGCCUACUUUAUGCAGAUUCAAACUAGGUCUGCUGAUGAACCAAUGACAACUUUCUACAAGUGCUGCAAUAUACAAUGUGGCCAUCGUUGGAGAGACUAAAUCAGUCUUGGACUUUGUUUGAGACUCAAAAUAUGUGUUCAUAAUAAAAUAUUCUGUUUUCAUUAUAUAUAUAUAUUUUUUUUUUUUUUGGAGCCAAAACUGUGUCAUCAUUUAUAUGGAUUAAAAAAACUUUA